AUGUCUGAAUAUAUCAUUGACACGUGGAGAAAUAAUUUAACCAGUGCCUACAACCGGCUACGUGAAUCCCUCACUGACGAGAUGGGUAAACAUCUAUUUAGAUUUACAUAUCAGCAAAUACAAUCUGUAGAUCUGGUGAAGACUGUUUACAAGUUUAAGAAGAACAUCACAAAUACAUCCGACACUGAAGAUACCACCAUUGCUUCACAGGUUCUUUUUUUAGAAGAAAUCUUUGUAGCAUCGUACUUGUAUAAGAUUUACGUGCCCUUGAAUCACAAUGAAGCCAUUUUCAAUAAUUACUUUGUUGAACCAAACUUAAAGGCUGUUUGCAAUUCCAUUGAUCAUAGCAAAUAUAAUUGGGCAAAACUAGGAUUCUAUGACGGUGAAGAAGAGUUUCUUUUCAUGACCAAGCAGCUAAAACGAAAAGGGACAUUUGAGCUAUUCACUAAUUACAGCAACGGAUUCAGUCAAGCGGCCAUCGGCACAAUGAUUGGUAUGCAGCGCCCAAACGUCCAAAAUGCAGUAGGAAGAGUGGCUGAAACUGGUAGUCCUUUGAAGAUGGCAACGAUGGCUUUCCGUUUGUUCUUAGAAAGCAAUUGGGAUCAUACUGGCCUGUUGGUCUUGGCCAGAAUCUCUAUACCUGAUUCCGUUUAUCACGAAACUUCUCAGGUUGACUGUAUUUAUAAGACUGAUGGUGUAGUACGUCUUCAAGAAGCCCAUGAUAUCGAAAUUUGCGUGGUAGAAGUCUCUAAUGAAUAA